AUGACUAACAAUGUUUCCCUGAAUGAGACUACCUUAUCUGAAAGCCUUAGUGAACAAACAGAAAAGGCUGGCCCUUGCUCUCGUCCCCAAACCAGCAGGCCUACAGGGUAUCCACCGCGGGCGCUGGGUUUAUUUUUACCCUUAGUGUCUCGGGGCCUCCCACUUGGCAGUCUCCAGCGGAGUCGACCAGGCUCAGUCGGAUUAGGAAACAGGCUGUCAGGAAGGCAGCGGAGCCUGGUCUUGCCACCCGAGCGCUGGGGUUCCCGGUUUGCGCAUCGUUCCAAGCUGAGCCGUGAGGCAGCGAAGAUUGCAGAUAAACGGCUCCCGGGCGCGGCACCGCGUAUAGGCGGGCGUGCCUUUCGCGCACACCCUCGGGGCGAGUCAGCGCAGGGAGGUCCGACCCGUCGGCGCCCGUACAGGAUCUGGAGCAAGCCCGGGUUGGUCUGGGGCCCGCAGCGGUCGCCCCGUGUGCCCUCCACCGGGUUUCGGGUCGGGCAGCGGGCAGGUGGCGCCAUGCCAACCACGGGCCCACAUCCUAGGGCCUCGGAGCCGCACCGCGUGGCCUUUCAGCUGCUUAUCCUCACUGGGCGGGUCCGCGGGCUGCUGCUGCCGGGACCAGCGCGCUCCCGGGGAAGCUUCCGGGAAAGCUCACCCAGGGAGCGCGGACCCAGGCGCCGAGUCUUCCCGGAGAUGAUCAGACCCGGCGCGAGGAGCGCAGCGCAGGCUCCCUGGGACUCCGCGGCGCAAGAGGGGCAGCCAAUUGCUUAUAGUUGCUGAAACCAACCUGAAAUCAUUCCGUGCCUGUGACCAGAGACCAUAUCAGACAUCAGUCACGUGAGCAGCUGCAUGUGCUCACCUGCAUCUUCUCCAAAGAGUCAAAGGCAAGAGAAUCCACUGGUUUGCUGCCUUGAUGAAUAAUCAACUAGGGUUAUGGUUCACAGAAUAUAGAUUUCAUCUCAGAGUGUGAGAAUCUAAGAAGCAGGACAGUGGAGCUGAAUAGCUAAGGAAUUUUCUUUGAACAUGGGAGUGCCAUUGCUUUAUAAUACCUUGCAGACACUGAAUCCCAAGUCCAAGCUGCUGAGUUGCUUACCUGGGUACUUUUCCAGUUCCUGAAGUUUGGACUCAUUAAUGUCUGUGGCUAUGACUUUGGCACCUUCUCUUGCAAAAGCCUAGUAGACACAAAGUACAAAUAAAUCCUUUGUUUACUUGAAUAAACUGUGCUGAUGAAUGGAA